AUGGGGAAGCUUUCUCUUGCUGCUACUCUUCUCUUGUGCUUGUUAGUCGUUGCAAGUGCCAACACCGUCACCGCCACCGCAACAGAGGACGAGUACGAAAAUCAGGGAUCUCAAAGAUGCCAAGAGCAGAUCCAGAGGCAGAGGUUGAACCACUGCAGGAUGUACCUUUCAAGAAGCCGCCAAUAUUAUGGCGACGACCUGAGCAUGGUGACAGACGACGAUGAAAGCAACCAAGGACAGCAAUUUCUCCAACAAUGUUGCCAAGAAUUGAGGAACAUGGACACACAAUGCCGCUGUGAAGCCCUAAGGAGGAUGAUGAUGCAGGAACGUGGUAGCCGAGGCCAAGAGUCUGAACGCAUGAUGGGGAGAGCUCGUUACCUCCCCCGUAUGUGCAACAUUCAGCCUACUCAGUGCCGCUUCUAA